CAUCUUGGUACUUAGUGCAACACCAACGGCUUCAUUGCGCCGCCGAGAGCAUGCGCUGCUGCCACGACGCUCAUGUACCGCGGCUUCUUUCCGUUGACCCCACUUCAACUGACGCCAUUGACCGUAUCUCCGCUACCUAACUCCAUGAACUAUAGUGGCACCUCACAGCAACUCCACAUCUUCAAAGAGGAGAGAGUACCUUUGGAUCCAUUUAGAAGCUCCAAAAGUCUGAUCGGACUAAACCUUCGCGUUGCCUGCGGUCUUUCCAGCAAUCUCCGCCGCCAUCUCCGCGACAGACACCACUAUAUAGCUAUCACCACACUCAUCGAUAACUUCAGAGCCACGCCAUACAAACGACACGGUCUCCAACGACACGAGCAAUUGCAACAAUGGCUGACCAGAAGAUGCAAUACGUAAACUUGGGCAAGUCUGGCCUCAAGGUCUCCAAAGUUAUCCUGGGCGCCAUGAGCUUUGGCAGUUCCAAAUGGCAGCCGUGGGUGUUGGACGAGGCUGAGAGCUUGCCUCUUCUCGAACAUGCGUACAAGAGCGGCAUCAACACCUGGGAUACUGCCGACAUUUACUCCCACGGCUACUCCGAGAAGAUCAUCGCGAAGGCGUUGAAGCAGUACAACAUCCCCCGCAACAAAGUCGUCCUCCUAUCGAAAUGCUACUUCGGCGUCAACGAAGACGAUCCUAGCCUCGGCAUCGCCAGCGUAUCAACCAACGACGGCGAUAUGGUCAACCAAGUCGGCCUCAGCCGCAAGCACAUCUUCGACGCCGUCGAGAAGAGCGUCGAGCGCCUCGGCACCUACAUCGACGUCCUGCAGAUCCAUCGGUUGGACCGCGAUACCCCACGAGAGGAGAUUAUGAAAGCGCUCAACGACGUGAUCGAACGCGGAUGGGUUCGUUACAUCGGUGCGUCAUCCAUGGCAGCCUGGGAGUUUCAGACGCUGCAGAAUAUCGCGGAUAAGAACGGCUGGCACAAAUUCAUAUCCAUGCAGAACUAUUACAACCUCAUCUACCGCGAGGAGGAGCGCGAGAUGAUUCCUUACUGUCAGGAUACCGGAGUCGGUCUCAUCCCGUGGAGCCCGAUCGCAAGAGGAGCUCUCACUCGCCCUUGGAACGACCGCUCUUCCAAGCGCGCUGAGACCGACAAGUUCCUUGAGAUGCUUGUGCACGGGCGUGAAGACGCUAUCGACAAGAAGAUUAUCGAGCGUGUGGAAGAGGUUGCGAAGAAGAAUGGGGUUAGCAUGGCUGGUGUCGCGACGGCGUGGUGUAUCAAGAAGGGGGUUUGCCCGAUUAUUGGGUUGAGUUCCAAGGAAAGGAUUGACGAAACUGUCAAGAAUAGUAACAUUCAACUGAGCGAUGAGGAUGCGAAGUAUCUGGAGGAGGUUUAUGUCCCUAAGGCGAGGCAGGGCUUCUAGAUGAUACUGUUCAGAUAUCGUGGUUUGAGGGAAACGCCAUGUAAUCGUCAUCAAAGGGUCCAUCGGCAUCACUCCGUUCAAGGAAAGCAAUGGACACCUAGAAGUCUACAAAGCCUUACAAUUUCGUCGACGUUUAUUGUUGCAUCGAUGUAGCCUGGGAAGCACCUGUCCAGUUUCUCCUUUGCGGAG